GUUGUGCUCCAGUCUGUUGGAAGAAAGGCCGACAACACAGCUACAAACAUGCAGUCCCCUCUUGUGAAUAUCGCUCUGUUGUCCUCUUAUGUUUUAUUUUCUCUGACUCAUAUUCAGAAGGUUGCAGCUGAGGAGAAUGCGAGAGGGUUCGGAGACAAUAUCCAGUGGAGGAGUCUAGAUGAUGGGAAGAAGGAGGCAGAGGCCAGUGGAUUACCAUUGAUGGUUAUCAUCCACAAGACUUGGUGUGGAGCCUGCAAAGCUCUGAAGCCCAAGUUCGCUGAGUCCAAGGAAAUCUCUGAGCUGGCUCACAACUUUGUCAUGGUCAACCUGGAGGAUGAGGAGGAGCCUAAAGAUGAGGCAUACAGUCCUGAUGGUGGAUACAUCCCCAGGAUACUGUUCCUAGACCCCAGUGGUAAAGUCCACCCUGAGAUCACCAACAAAAACGGAAACCCCAACUACAAAUACUUUUACAGCAACGCAGAUCAAGUUGUGUCUGCUAUGAAACAAGCUCAGGAGAAGUUGACAGGAGAUGCCUUCAGGACCCACAUCGAAGACGAGCUGUAAGGGGAGAGAAGGCUGCAGGGUCCUUAUCCACUACCCUUGUACCUGAAGUGUCUACUCGUUCACUUCAACGAUCACAUGCUUACUACGCUCCGAAGGCUUUUUAAACACGAGUGAGCAAGUGCACAUUUCAGGGCUCCUGUUUCCAUCAGUGACAACCUGUUGCUGCUUCCACUUUCUCUCCUCACCGUUAACCCGUUGAAAGUUACUGUCCAGAGAUCAACUUUUUUAUUUUUUUUAGUUUUACAUUUGUUUCAGUACCUCACAACUCGUAAGUCCACAAUACUCUAGUUGUUUCGGACUGUAUAGUACUCUAAAGUGUGAGUGAAUGGGAGUCCCAUCUUGGUCAACCAAAGCAAACCGUCCAUCUGAUACACAGAGGUGCUAAAGUUUUUAGUUUCUCCAUGUAAACUUCUUUUUUAUGGUAAAACUUUUUGGUGUAAAUCCAUCCACAUAUCGAAAUGUAAUUCGAGGUUGAACACAGGCCAUAUAACAACUCUGUAGAAGUUGAUCAACGGAAGAGCUGGACCCAUAAAACUGUCCUGCAUUUAAAACACACACUUUAUUUACACAGCCAAGACUUCAGACGGUAAGAGGCCUCUUUCAGCGUGCUUCCAAAGGUUCAUUUUUAGAAACACUCGCUCCGUCAAAUGUAUACAAGGGGCCUUGAAUUCCAUCUUUUCAUGGGGGAUUUCUUUUUAAAAAUCAGUAUAUCAAUAAAAUGUUCAAUUGCUAAAAAUGAUUUUGCUUUGUGUGGACCCCCCCCAACCGGCUCAUAAUUCUGACUGACGAGACCAAACUGCUUUCUGUGAAGAAUAGAAGGGACGCGAGAUGCACUGAGUGAUAAGUCUUGUCAUGCUGUAUUUGUUUUUUUUUUUACAUGUAUGUUCACAGCCAAGUGUUAAUAAAGUUUGUUGUAUGG